AUCACUAUAAUGUGCCCCAUGUUAUAAUGAUUGCUAGGUCCGCCCCUGUCAAGAAAUAUGUCGACGUGAACUUACCAUGGGUCGAUAAAUACCCAUGCGAUUUCCAAAUAUAGAUCACUGCACAAAGCAUUACUUUCUUCAAAGGUUAUAAUAUUCGCAAGACUAUCAAACAGACGUAAAAGAGAUGGCCCAAAAGCUGGAAGCAAAGGGUGGUAAGAAAGGAGGUGUAUGGGAUGAUGGUGUUCACGACGGUAUUAGAAAAGUAUAUGUAGGUCAAGGCCAAGAUUGUAUAGCCUUCGUCAAGUUUGAAUAUGUCGAUGGUUUUGAAGUGGUUGUUGGGGACGAACAUGGAAAAAAGACGCUGCUAGGAACUGAGGAGUUUGAGAUUGAUGCAGAUGACUACCUCGUAUACGUGGAAGCAUUUCGUGAUAAAGCAACCGAAGAAUCCAUCGUGGAUCUUAAGUUCGAGACUUAUAAAGGCAAAACCAAUAAGCAUAUCGAGACAAGUCCAGGGGUUAAGUUUGUUCUCCAUGGUGGCAAAAUCAUUGGAUUUCACGGGCGUUCGAGCGAUGUUGUACACUCUAUUGGAGCCUAUGUUACUUUCCCGUCCACUCCUGAUUUGCAAGGAAAGUGGAUUAAGGUUCACAUACACAGAAAUGUACAACUUAGAAGAAUACGUGGAGCAUUUUCAUCACGUGUCCACAAUAUAACGAAAGAAAUGGCACAGAAAGUGGGACCUUUUGGUGGUAACAAAGGAGAUGCAUUCGAUGAUGGUGUUCUUGGUUAUACCGGUGUGAAGAAAGUGACUGUUGGUGAAAAUGGGAACGGUGUUGAUUGUAUCAAGAUAGAAUACGAGAAAGAUGGAAGGUUCGAGACACAAAUGCAUGGAAGCGUUACCGGAAUACUCAAGGAGUUUGAGCUAAACUAUCCGGACGAAUAUAUCACAUCAAUUCAAGGAACCUACAGCAACGUUGCGAGAUAUAACACAACUAUCGUGAAGACGCUUACCUUCAAGACAUCACACGGCAGAACAUCUCCCAUGUUUGGUAACACGGCCAUUUUCUCAACAGAUUUUGUGGUGGAAGGUAAAGCUGGAGCAAAGCUUAUGGGUUUCCAUGGAAGGUCUGGCUCUGCUCUUGAUGCCAUAGGAGCUCACUUUUUCGCGUCGACUUCUCCGCUAAAGCAUAUAGAACCUCGUGGUGGAUUCGGAGGAAACGCUUGGGACGAUGGAGUUUAUGAUGGUGUAAGCAAAAUCUCGGUGGGACUAAACUGUGGCAACAUUGGCUAUGUUAGGUUCAAGUAUGUUAAAGGAAGCACAUCGGUGAGGCAUUCUCAUGGGAAGAUGAGCGAAGAACCUAAAGUAUUUAAGGUGGAUUAUCCAAACGAGUACGUUACAUCAGUGGAAGGGACUUAUAACUUUUGUGGUGAUGUGACCUCGCUAACUUUCAAAACAUCAAAAGGGAGAGUCUCUCCUGAAUUUGGAAAAGCGUCUGGUUCGAAAUUUGUACUUGCGGUGAAAGACCACAUGCUUGUCGGGUUCUGUGGCCGGAACGGCCUCAUUCUCAAUUGCCUCUCAGCACUCGGUGCGCGUUUUGCGCCUGUUCCCACACCAGUUCCGACACCAGUUCCAACCCCAGUUGCACCGGUUCCAGCGCCAGUUCCUGCUAAGAAAUUAGAAGCAAAAGGUGGAAAUCACGGUGCUGCUUGGGAUGAUGGUUUCUAUGAAGAUGUGAGGAAGAUUUAUGUAGGACAAGGUGACUCUGGUGUUUCCUUUGUCAAAUUUGAGUACGACAUUGGCAAGAAGCUUGUAGCUGGAGAUGGACAUGGGAAGAUGUCACUUCUUGGAACAGAGGAGUUUGAGCUCGAUUUUCCGAAUGAAUACAUCGUAUCGGUGGAGGGAUGUUACGAUAAAGUCUUUGGAUUUGAAGCUGAAGUUGUGACGAUGGUGAAGUUCAAAACAAACAAACGUACAUCUCCACCGUUUGGGAUGGAUGGAGGUAUACCGUUUGUGUUUGAGAUGAAGGAUCAUAAAAUUGUUGGGUUUCAUGGAAAAUCUGGAGAUUAUGUUCAUCAAGUUGGUGUCCAUGUCUCGCCAAUCUCCAAGUCUUAAAGCUUCUAAGCGUUUGCUUCGUCUUCGUGAAAUAAAAAAAUCUCUACAAGCUUGUUGCUCCUCUGUUUCUACUAUCUUUUAACUAUUAAAUCUUGUGUUCUUUGUCGUUGGUUUGUUUGUGUCUCUUGUGAUAUGAAGUCGUCCGUUGUCUCUUUGAAUAAACUAUCGUUAGUGUUUGGACUAGCCAGGAUCUGCAUCCAGUGACUUGUUCAAUGUUAAAAUAUAAUAUUAUUCUCUUCAA